UAGUUUGAAAAAAAUUCAAGAAGAACUUCAACAACAACAACAUAAUAAUAAUAAUCAUCAAGGAAAUUAUAUGAUGUUUUCAAAUCAUCAUCAUCCAUCAACUGCUACUCAUCAUCAUCAUCAUUCACAAUUAUUAGAGGAAGUAGCGCAUUUAUCAAACGCAAACAGCGCUAACCACAACAUAGCAGCUGCUUCUGCUACAAAUUCAAAUUUAAUAAUGCCACAUUUUUUAAAUGAUGAUAUUACUUAUUCAUCAUCAUCAUCAAAUCAUCCACCAAUCAAUCAUCAAACGAUUCUGAUGGCUCAUCAUCAUCAUUUUAAUCAUAAUAAUCAAUAUUCAAGCUUAAAUCAAUCGAUAAUUAAUCAAGAACAAUUUCCACAACUUAGUAAUCAUCAUCAUUCGAUAUUUAAUUCAUUAUUAAAAGAAUCACCAUUAUCAUUAACAUCACAUUCAUUAGCAUCGAUUUUAGCAUCGACAACAACAACAACAACAGCCGCAACAACAACAACAACCUCGACAACAACAACAACAAUCGGUCAAAUACCUCAUCAGACGAUAUUUCGUUAUUCAAAUCCUCAUCAACAAUCACCAUAUUCACCUGUAUCAACAGUUAUAUCGACUAUUGGUACACCACCACCAAUUCAUCAACAACAACAUCAGUCAAAAUCGCCGACUAAUCGUCAUACGGCAAUUUCACAUUCAAUCAAAUCUUUAACAAAAAUGACAAAUGGUCAAUCGAAAAAAAUUACCCGAAAUGAUUCAUCAUCAUCAUCUUCUUCUUCUUCGUCGACAAUGACAAAAUCUAAAUCAAACAACCACCAUAAUAGUAAUCAUCCACAACAAUGUAAAGUUUGUGGUGAUAUUCCUAUAGGAAAAAAUUUCGGUGUUGUAACAUGUGGUUCGUGUAAAAUAUUUUUCAGCCGUAAUAUUGAUUCCAAGGAACGACUGCAAUGUCGUAAUCAUAAUCGUUGUAUGGAUUUGAUUAAUAAAUCUAAUCGUCGAAAUUGUUCUGCAUGUCGUUUAGAUAAAUGUAUACGGCUGGGUAUGCGUGUAAAACGUAAUCGACAAAAGCAACUGCAACAACAAUCAUUAUCGAUUGGAUCACCAUCGAUGAAAAUUUUACGUAAUCCUAAUCGUAGCCUAUCGGAAUCAUCACCUUCAAAUCAUAAUCAUCUUAUCAAUAUCAAUGAAAAUUAUCACCAUCAUCAUCCUCAUCAUAAUCAUGAAUUUAAUGAUCAAAAUUCAUCACAAGCAGGUAGCAGUAGUUUAGGUGGUGAUGAUGAUGAUGAGGAUGAUGAUAUUGAAAUCAAUGAAAUAUCUUCGGAUGAUUAUCAUGAUAUACCGAAUCUAAUACCAAUGGAAUCGAUUGCAAAUAGUGGCCAGUCUACCUUGCAAAAUGAAUUUAAUUAUUUAGCCAACCAUAAUCAUAAUCAUCGUUCAGAUUCGUAUGAUCUCAUCAAUGUGGACUGUAAUAAAUCAACGGAAAAGAAUUCAAUGUUACAACAGCAGCAGCAGCCUAUUCGUUCUGAAUCGAUUAUACAACUUCUUUCACAUCAACAACAACGACAACAACAACCGUUAUUUAAUAGUGUUUCGGUUAUACAACAAGCACCACCAUCAAGACCAUCAUCAUCAGCAGCUUUAAUUAUCAACAAUAACAAUAACAAUAACGAUAAUGUUAAUUCAAAUUCAAAUUCAAAUGAUGAUAGUUUAAUGGCUGAAGAUUUAGAUAAUGAAAACGAUAAUGAUGAUGUUAUUGAAAUUCAAGAUAUAUCACAAUCGAUUCCCGCUAAUAAUAAUAAUAAUAAUGAUACAGCUACAUUUUCGCAACAACAACGACAACCUUCAACAUCAAAAUCUGAAGACAUCAAUAACAAUGAAAAAUAUGAUAAUAAUAAUAAGAUGCUGGUGCCUUUUAAUAAUAAUCAGAAUCGAUCAUUAAUAGAUAUUGUUGUUGAUGAUGAAGAAGAUUUAGAUUCAUUGGAACAAAUGACACAUGAUGUUUUCAAUUAUAGUCAUGUACAAUCAUCAUCAUCAUUAAAUGAACAUACAAGAUAUAAUUAUAAUAAUUUUUAUGAAGAAAAUUAUUGUAAAUAUUAUUAUACGCCAGCCAAUUCAAAUACAUAUCAUCAUAAUGAUCAUAGUAAUGGUAGUAAUAGUAAUAGUUAUUUAGAUGAUAAUGAAAUUCUUAAACCUUCAUCAACGAAUGAUGAUUUAAUAUCCGAAAAUGAUUUGACGCCUACAUCGAUGAACAGAAUACAGAAUUUUAAUUAUGAUAAUAAUGAUUAUGAUUAUGGUAAUAAUAAUCAUGAAAAUCGUAGUAAUAUUGCAUCGGUUGAAUUAUGUAAAGUUGAAGCAAGAAAUUUUGGUGAUCAAGAUCAUGCAUUGAUUGCUGAUCUAGAAAAAUGGAAACCAUAUAUACGUAUACAUAUGGGUAUUGAUUAUACAACAACUGCAUCAACGUCAUCAUCAUCAUCAUCAUCAAUAUUAUCAUCAAUAACAAAUAUAACAACAAUGAUUGAUAAUCAACAACAUCAUCAAUCAAAUCCUAAUCACCAUGAUCAACAUAAUUAUUAUUUUCAUAAAUUAUUUGCAAAAGAACGUGAAAAAAUUGAUUUACUUAAUUUAUCGUGUCGUAUGAUAUCGGCAAAACCACAAUCAAAUGAUCAAUUUCGUGCAAUAUUUAAUAGUUUAGAACGUGGUAUAUUCUAUGCAAAUAAAUCAUUUAAAUUAUAUGAAGAAUUUUGGCGUGUAUCCGAAAUAUCCGAAUUGAUUCGUCAAAAUGAAUCCGGUUUUUUUAAGAAGAAAAAUAAUUUAUUACAUAUGUUGUAUCAUUUACGUGGUGUACAGAAUUUUGAUGAUAAUCUAAAUGCAUGGGCUAUUUUCAAUGGUGUUAACGAUAAUGGAUUUACAAUGAUCAAAUUGGAUAUGUUUCAACAAUCGAUUAAAAAAGAAAUGUCUGUCGCUCAUCGACAAUAUAUCAAAUCAUUUCCACAAGAAUGGCGUAAAGAUCCAACUGUAUUUAAUUUGAUGACUUAUCUAUUAUUGUUUAGUGCAUUUGAUCGACCACAUUCACCAUUUAAAUGUGACAAGUUAACAUAUUUUCAAUAUCUAUAUCUAUUCAAACGUUAUUUUGAAUGUAUGUAUCAGGAUGAAGAAUUAGCCCAACAAAUGCUGUUAUGGAUGUUAAAAUUAAUACGACAAUUAAGUCCAUUAUGUUCAGAAUGUUUAACCGCUUGUACGCAUAGUUUAAAUCCGGCUGUAUUGAAAAAAAUUGGUCCAAAUUAUGCACAAUGUUUGAUGAUGGAAGAAAAACAGAAAAAAACCAUUCCAUCAUCCACAUCCACAUCAUCAAAUGUAUCAAUGGAAUCAUCAUCCAAUGAUAAUCAUUCAACAUUAAAUAGAAUGGUUACUCAUGAUCAUGCCUCAUCUGUAUCCGCAUCCUCAUCGAAAUGUAACAAAACUAAUGACCAAUUACAUAAUCAUAAUAAUAUUGAUGAUGAUGAUGAACCAAUGAUGAUUGUACAAGAUUAAAUAUCA